AUGUUUUUCAUUUUCUUGCUUUUCCUGGCUACAACCGAUGGCGAUCCGGGACUUAGCUUCGAUUUCAAUUACCCAGACGUAAAAGAGGAUAUAUUCGACCAACCCGUCAAUAUGAUGUCUGCGAAGAAGAUACCACAUGAAAAGGUCGGUUCGGACAGUUCCACCACAUCAGACCCUUGGGCGCCUUACGACUUCUCGAAGUUUGACGAAUAUUUGGCGAAGACUGGUGAAGGUGACAGCAACAGAGUCAAAAGACAUGCUAAGAACACCCGAAGAUUUAACACACUCAGCGGGCCAUCACUCCGCGAGCGUCCCAACCACUACGUAUACCCCGAGCCAGUUAAAGACAGAAUUCUAGAAUUCACAACAUCAACGAAAAAGCCUGGAAUCCUCCCGGAAACAAUGAACCCGGGCGUUAUAUUCCGCGUGCGAAUGUCUGACGCAAUCCUCCGAAUCAAGCAACGAAUGUACGAAGAUCCCGAACGCCACAUCGAAGCUGAUAUCAUCUACACGAACCUGAUUAAAAAGGUUGUCAUGGAUGAAAUCACGAAGUUCCACAAUCUAUUGCUUAUGUACAAAACGGAUAAAAGCAUUAAGGAGCAUCUGGGCGAGUGCGGCGGAAGAAUCUACAAAUUCAUAAGCUACAUGACGAUAAAAGUGCACAUUUACUGCUUGUUCGAUGCUCUGUGGAUCGAUGGCAAUCCUUAUGUCAUCGGCGAUGAAUACUCCGUGACGCCUGUGGAAGUGCCGCCUGUGUUGCAGUGUGACGCGUCGGAAUGCAACUCUAUUGUUUUUGUCGACUCUGUGACAGAGCCGAAGGAUCGACGACGUGGUCACAGCAGAAGAAAGAACAGAGUUAGAAGCACUCCAGCUGUCACAGAAGAUCAUGAUAUGAGUAACGGGACUACCACAGAUAUACCAAUAGCCCGUCGUGCUAGUAAUGACUGGGACUCGCAACAGCUGAAGAAGAGAAAGAAGAAAAGAAGGCAGCAACAGAAACCAAAAUAUGACACUUAUGAACCACCAGCGAAGGAAUAUGAGUCAACUUUUAUUGAGAUGCCAAAAGAUCUGUACCAGGCCCAUCUGAGACCCGGCGUGAUAUUCCGAAUUCACAUGUCUGAAGCCAUUCUUAAGAUGCAAUAUAGAAAUUACGGCGAAGACAAGGACGAAUCGGUGAUAGAAGCUGACGUGGAAUACCUUAGACUCACGCGCAAAGUGAUCAAUGAUGAGAUCACCAAGUUUGAAGACCUGAAGUGGCUUAUCGGAUGGUUCAACAAUCGUUCAGAGCUGAUACAGGAACAUAUGUGUAAUACUAGAUAUUAUGCUGUCGGUGUACCGCCAACGAUGUUCACACACUCCGAGGAAUAUAUGAAAAGGCUGUGUCUGUUUGACAACGUGUAUAUCGACCACAUACCGUACGUGAUCGGUGAAGAUGGAUCCCUUCUGGCCAGUGUCGCUCCACCCGUUCUGCAUUGUGACGCCGCGACCUGCACAUCUGUGCCUUUUAUUGACAGUAUAAUGUUCGACGAGCGCUAUCCUAGAAGCAAUGUCCGUACUGUAACACGUUGUCAAGCGAGCUGUCGUGCCCACUGUAGAAACGAUCCGGACUGUUUAAAACGCUGCUCCGACCGCUGCAUGCGCGCUGAAUAA